AUGACCCGCUGUGGACACGAGGACAAAUACACGUUCCUACACCAGCGGCGCUCCAGCGGCGUCAUGGCGGGCGUACGGAGAGCCACACGGCGUCCACGCCUCUGUUUUAUAGUCUGUGUCUCCACCGUCUCGCUCCUCGUCCUCUGCAGCCGAGAGACAGGCGGCAGGACGAGAGACACCGGAGAGACAUCCUGGUCCACAGAGAUCCCGGCGGAGCACAUCGACCCGGCUGCCAUCGACCUCACGCCCCUGGUCAAUACCUUAAUCAACACCAGCCAAUCGGGCUCCCGGCAGCUCUUCUCCCUCCUCAGCGUGACGUCCUACAGCUCUCUGGCUCUCCACAAACUCACCCUGCUCGUCUACAACAUUUCCAGCAUUAAAAGCUUAGAAAGCAGCAGGUUCAGGAGAAGAUUCUGCUACUGCGUCACGAACGAGACCAACGAUCUAACGGGUGAGCACAUUGAAAUCGAUUCAGGGCCCUGA